AUGCCCCGGACUCUACGAUCAAGCAGGUGUCGCGUAGAAUCCGAACGCACCACAGCAACCACCGCCGUGUCUCCAAUUCGACCAGUUCGCUUCAUCACACCAUCAGCAAGCUCAGGACAACCACAACGAAAAAUCGACCUGAUACCCCCGGAGCUGACCCGCCUCCCGAAUAUAAACCCAAAAGAUACCACCCUCCUCCGCAGGAAACAAUCUCGUCUACGCGCAUCCGCAUCUGCCACCCAAACAACCGCAGCAGGCUACGGCCCUCACGCCGUACAAGCACUCUCCUCAACGCUCAUCUUUGCGCAGCAUGAAGCAGGCACAGCGGUAUGCAUCCACCCAGACGGGUGGAUCCUCACCUGUGCGCAUUGCUUUGGGGAGACCGAGGCCGAGUGGCAGCUCAACCGGCGGAAAUGGCUACUGUAUUUCACGGGAGAAGCGGUGCAAGUUGAGUGUGCAGCCUGGGACGCACGGCGCGACCUUGCUCUGGCCAGAAUCACCGCACUUGAACGUCCGGCCCCGGCUGCCUCCCAGGUGAAUCUCAGCCCGAGCUUCGCCUACGUAACACUAGCACCGCCUUCAGCUUCUCUCAGAGCUGAGAUAAUCUGUAUCGGCCAGCCGGGCUCCGAUGACCUGGAAUCUCCCACACCGCGGAAAACAGCCUACGAUCUUAUUGAGAUAUCUCAAGGCCGACUGCGCGGACUGAUAGCUGAUGCCGACCCGCAUGAUAACACGGAGAUUGGGGCCUUGAGGCACGAUGCCUGGACGUACUGGGGUCACUCUGGGGCGCCUUUAUUGCGACUGACCGAUGGCGGAUUACUUGGCUUGCAUUCAUCGUGGGAUGACAGCACGGCUAUGAGGCAUGGAGUGCCGCUUGUUGCGAUUAGGGUGUUUCUGAGGGAGAGGUUUCCUGGCGGUUUGGCCGAAGCGGAGAACCAGGACGAUAGAGGGGAAAAAGAGGUUAUUGUGAUUGACGAUUGA